GCGUUAAUAAGAAAACACGAUCACAAACACAUAUUAAAACUAAACCCAAAUAAAGUAUAAUGCUAUUGAAUUCAUAAACAAUACAAAACAUAAUGACAAAUCUCUCAGAUAUUAGCGAUACUAGGGCUACUACACAGAGGGAGGAUUCUGGCACACAGGUCCAAUUUAAAGAAAACUCGAAUUUCUAUUCGACAAGAUUACGUAAGAGAACGCAGCGAUUCGGAGCUUCAGCGAACGUUGUUACGCCUCUCUUGUCUAUGUUACACAGCCUUCAUCGUCUAGAGAGCAGCAUUUACGAUACCUUGCACACGUUAGGUGUGGAGCGGGACUCGUUGCCACCACCUUACGGCACUGGAAGUGAUAGGAAGGGGGCACUGAGUACCCCGGUAGAACAACCUGAGGGGGACUCUAUAGGACAAUAUGUGGCCGCCACACUCGGACUGUCGGCUAUGCAUUCAUUUGAGGGCAAGGUUAGCGCUGUCGAGCGCAUUCUCUGUUGGUUAGAGAGCGCCGCAGGGCCUGAUGAUGGGGGUCCUUUGGAGGCCAGUGUUGCCAAGGACCGCCGAAUAUUGGCAACUAUGUUAGUUUCCUGCGAAGGAACUGGUCAGCUUCGCAUUUUCGAAGACAAAGAGAUCGACGGUAGUGAACAUCAACCUCCAGAACGAAGACGGAGGAUUGAGGAGGCAGAAAGUUCUAGCUUCACUAUGUCUGAUAGAGGAGAGCCCAAUGAAGGAAUGUCUUUUGUGGGAAACUUUGAUAUCGAUACUCUGAGGAGAUGGAGAAAGUACCGCAAGAGCCUUGGCGCGGUCCUGCGUGGCAUGAAGGCCUUUUUAAAGUCAUUCUGUUCCAAGCCUGUGCCUGGGGGUUUCUCUUGCCAUGCCAAGUGGAUUGAGGCUACUGCCGAUGAACCCAUACUAAGUUCCAAUGUCACAUCUCCUGAAUGCCUUAAGAAAAACUGUGAUCAAAUGGUUCUUAUGCAUGAUGCUCUUGCCACAUGCCAGCGACAUGUGCACGAGACUGUGAUAGGUCUUGAGGACUCAUUAGAGUUGUAUAAUAAAGAGGCGAUCGUUGUUAAUAAACAGGAGAAUCAGUUUUUACAUAAUGUUGAAUUACUCGAGAAAGAAUACAACAUUUUGAGGGAGUUAAGAUAUCGAAUCAAGAAAAUAUGCAGUCUUGUCCCCAGAUAG